AGCAAACGAACGCAGCGUCUUCUCCUUUUUAUCACCUUCUCUCUAGAUCCCCUCGCUCUCCUGCCACUACCACGCUUUCUCCCCCCCCCCCCCCCCCCCACCCUAAUCUCUCCUCUCUUCUCGUCCCCGCCAGUUUCAAUGCUUGUUAGGGUUUUGUUGCAGAGUGUCGGAUCAGAGAACUCUCAUUUCUCUUAAAAAAAUCUCAAAACAGAAACGAAGAAAACAGAAGCAGAACACCAACUGCGGUUCCAGAUCCGACAAUGCUGUGACUGUGAGUUAGAAUUAGGGAUCUAUUGAUUGUGUUUCGGGAGGUGCCAAGAUGGGUCUCUGCACUUCCAAACCCUCCCCAAACCCUACUACUUUAACUCCCAAGGACGUCUUUGACUCUCUCACGGAGAACCCUGUUCAGGCGAAGGACGCCGUCGGUCCUGAUAAUGUUGAAAACCCAAGCAGUCAACAGAAGCGGAAGGAGGAACAUGACGCGGUCAAGAAAUCGCCGUUUUUUCCUUUUUAUAGCCCGAGCCCAGCUCACUCCCUUUUCUCGAAGAAGUCGCCGGCGAGGUCUCCGGCGAAUUUCAGCUCCAAUUCAACUCCGAAGCGGUUUUUCAAGAGGCCUUUUCCGCCGCCGUCGCCGGCAAAGCAUAUUAGAGCGGUGCUGGCGAGGCGGCACGGGUCGGUGAAGCCUAAUGAGGCGGCCAUACCGGAGGGGAGUGAAGGCGAGGGAGUGGGCGUGGCGGCAGCUCUUGACAAGAGCUUCGGGUUCUCGAAGAAUUUUGGGAACAAGUAUGAUCUUGGAGAUGAAGUUGGGCGAGGGCAUUUUGGAUACACACGUGCGGCGAGGUUUAAAAAGGGUGAGCUCAAGGGACAACAGGUUGCUGUUAAGGUCAUCCCCAAAGCCAAGAUGACAACAGCAAUUGCUAUUGAGGAUGUGAGAAGGGAGGUGAAAAUACUGAGAGCUUUGACAGGGCAUAAAAAUCUAGUACAAUUCUAUGAUGCAUAUGAAGAUCAUGAGAACGUCUAUAUAGUAAUGGAGUUAUGUGAAGGUGGUGAGCUCUUGGAUAGAAUACUGUCAAGGGGUGGGAAAUAUGGAGAAGAGGAUGCAAAGGCUGUGAUGAUACAGAUAUUGAAUGUUGUUGCAUUUUGCCACCUGCAGGGUGUUGUGCACCGGGAUCUCAAACCAGAGAAUUUUCUCUUCAUGGCUAAAGAUGAGAAAUCACAACUAAAGGCCAUAGAUUUUGGCUUGUCAGAUUUUGUGAAACCAGAUGAGAGACUUAAUGACAUAGUUGGAAGUGCAUACUACGUAGCACCCGAAGUUCUACAUAGAUCUUAUAGCACAGAGGCUGAUGUCUGGAGUAUAGGCGUAAUAGCAUAUAUUCUAUUGUGUGGGAGCCGUCCAUUUUGGGCUCGAACAGAAUCUGGUAUUUUUCGGGCAGUUUUGAAAGCUGAUCCUAGUUUUGAUGAAUUACCCUGGCCUUCUUUGUCAUCUGAGGCAAAAGACUUUGUCAAACGCCUAUUGAAUAAAGACCCAAGGAAAAGAAUGACGGCUGCCCAAGCCCUUGAUCACCCCUGGAUUAGAAAUUAUUCAGAUGUGAAAGCACCCCUGGAUAUACUGGUAUUCAAACUCAUGAAGGUGUACAUGCGUUCCUCUGCUCUCCGGAAAGCUGCUUUGAGGGCUCUAUCUAAAACGUUGACCGUAGAUGAGCUGUUUUAUUUGAAGGAGCAGUUUGCUCUCCUGGAACCAAGCAAAAAUGGCACAAUAAGCUUAGACAAUAUCAAAGCGGCCUUGACAAAAAAUGCAACUGAUGCAAUGAAAGAGUCCCGGGUUCAUGAUUUCUUAGCAUCGCUUAAUGCACUUCAAUACCGGAGGAUGGAUUUUGAGGAAUUCUGUGCAGCUGCAUUAAGUGUGCAUCAGCUGGAAGCUCUUGAUCGGUGGGAGCAACAUGCUCGUUGUGCCUAUGAGCUUUUUGAGAAGGAUGGCAACAGGGCUAUUGUUAUUGAGGAACUAGCUUCGGUAUGUUGGAUUCUUUUCUCUGGUUUGUUUGGUGUAAAAUUUUUUGGUACUUCACCCAUGAGUGAAUACUACCUUCACUGUCUCGAAUUGAAAGCUGUAGACAGAAGAUACCAAUAUUAUGGAGCAACAGGGACAAUGUGUGAUUACUCGGGGUAUGGACCCUUCAUCUUGGAGGAUGAGAGGUUCUUUUCAUUUUGGCCUCUUUUUCUCAAACUGCAAGCUUUAGACAGAAAAGAUACCAAUAAUAUGGUACAAUGGGAACAAUGUUUGAUUGCUUGGGGGAUGGACCCUUCACCUUGGUGGAUGAGGGGUUCUUAAAAGAAACAUUGAGGAACCUAUCCUACAAUGUAAUUUUGGCAGAAAACAUGAAUCUAAACUGAUAAGGGGUGAUUGAAAUAUUUGUUACAGGAACUUGGCUUGGGCCCUUCAGUCCCUGUUCAUGCUGUUCUCCAUGACUGGAUUAGGCACACUGAUGGAAAACUGAGCUUCCUUGGGUUUGUCAAACUGUUGCAUGGUGUAUCUAGUCGAACCCUUGCAAAAGCUCAAUAAACACUACCACCCCAUUGCCAUUAUCAAUAACAAACGGAAGCAGUGGAUUGGAGGUGGUUCAGAGGCUUUCACAGACCACAUUUUUCGGCAAGUGUUUUGGAUUCUUUGCAGAAGCUUGUGCACGCCCUUCAGUGUUCGUUCAGCUCCAACGGUGCUCGAACUUUCACAUUUCCCAUUGUAAAGCAUUAGUUUAGUGCUUUUGUUUUAUUUUUAUUUUUAUUUUUGUAUUUCUGUGUGAGAUCAUUUCUCAACAACCGGUUACCAUAAUCUUAUAGUUGAUGAUCCGACAAAA